UUGUAUUGUUACAGAAAAGUGCAUGAAGGUGAUGCUGACUCUACGCUGCUAAUGCUCGUCUAUUAAAGGUGCAGAGUCUAUAAGCAAAAUGAGUACACUCCGUGCAUGGGCGAGCCUGCUGGUGGUGUCGGUGCUGCUCGCGCCGGUCCUGUCCUCCGUCUGCCCGGACGGCUGCAUCUGUACAACCACCCGCGACGGCCUCCACCGCGCCGCCUGCAGCAACCUCGCCGAACUAUACAAGUUCACUCUCCGCCAGAAACAUCACAACAUCAACAUCCUAGAUCUGUCACACAACAACAUCACCAAAAUCUCCCGGGAACUCGAUCGAUUAACCGAAGUCGUCACGCUGGAUCUAUCGACUAAUGGUAUCACAGAAGUUAGCAAGUUUUUGAACAAUGCGAAGAAAUUAGUUCAUCUUAAUUUGGCUAACAAUAGAAUAGAGAGGUUGUCACUUGAGCAUCUUCCGACUAGUGUGAGUUCUUUAGAUUUAACUAACAAUCUAUUACGAGAUGUGCCUAACAAAGUUGGUCAUUUGGCUAGCUUAGAGCAUUUAGAAUUGGACGGCAACCCGCUUGAUUGUACCUGUGAUAAUAUCAAAGCACGAGAUCGGUUACUGGCCUUAAAUGUUCAUAUAGAUGCCGUAAAAUGCGCUUCUCCCGGAAAACUUAAAGGCAGGUCAUGGUUAGAACUGAAAGCAAAAGACAUAUGCAAAAUAAAAAUUGAUACAGACCCCUUAGAUAUGAUGAUGGGUGAUCAACCCCCAGUUGAUGCCGUAAGAAUUGGUGAAGAGACUACGGAAUUGAAAUCUAUGCCUUUAGUCGCUUCUAGUGAUUUAGAUGAUGGCAAUGUAAUACAUGGUCAACCUCAAGCAGAGGACGAUGAUAAUCAACAAUUUUUAAAAGUGGGGCAUAUGUCUACGGUAUCUCAUUCAGACUAUAUCGGAACUGAGGGUUCGGGAGAUGUGGAAACUGCGACUGACUCUGAAAUCAUUAUGCACAAGCACGCAGAGGAUUUAAAUGCUGAAAUACAAACUACUGAUGACCCGAGGGAAGGAUCUGGCGAGGGUUCUGGUUUUAUUCCUUUCGAUAGCGAUUAUGACAAUGAAAGUACUUCAACAUCCACUGGAACACCUAAUUAUGAAGACUUUCAUCCAACUCCAGUCACGCCAUUAUUUAACGAUGAAUUCAAUAACACCACAACAGAGUUUCCAUUGGUGAAACCACCCACUUUGUAUGCAGGAGGAUCUGAUUGGCAUCUCAAAACUGAUGAACCAUCGACUGAAAAACCCGCAAUCACGCCAAUUACUCGGGACACAACAGUUUCCGAACAAAUUAGAAUAACUCCGGCGGAAGUUCAAGAAACGUCAUCUGAAGAAAAUCCUGCACCUCAUAAAACUGGUACAUAUGUAUGCAUUGCAAUUAUUGUCAUUUUGUUAGUGGGGCUCAUAGGAUUUGCUAUAAUCAAAGGUCAAAUGAGAAAACGCAGGGACAGGCGACUUUUACGACAGCAAAAAAGAGACGUCGAAAAUGCUUCCAAAGAAAUGGUCGAUAUGAAUAAGUCAUUACUAGGUAAACCGGCAGUACUAGAACCUACCAUUGAAAGAAAAGUUAAUGGUAAAUAUGAGCUCGUACCUACUCAUGAAAGCUACCCAAAAAAGAGUGAAAACGGGGAUAUUGGCAAUGGCAUUAAACAUGGAGAUAACAAUGGUGUUAGAACCGAUAGUCCAAGAGACACUAAUCAAAACAAAAGCAGUUCAAAAGAUAAUAACUUAUCUGAGGAACCUAAACAGAACGAAUCUUUCCAGUCUACUCCAGCAUCUCCUGAUUCGAAAAAAGACACUCACUCUUUAUCAAGUGAAGAUGUUUUUGUGCCUAUCAAUGACAACGAAGCACCUCAUUUAAAUGGUAAUACUGACAUGGAUUUGUCACAACUCUUACUGAAUGGUGAUCAGAACACAGAGUCCGAUUUCUUAUCGCCGUCUCGCGAAUACGUUCCAGUGUAUUCCCCCGACAUGGGUCGAGUGCGAAUCAAGAUGACUGAGACGCCGAAGCCGAAAACCCCAGUACUCGUCACGAGGAGUCGGUCCAACGCCGGCGACAUUAUCAUAACUCCGUCCUUGGACGACAGCACACGCAAGUCAACCACUUGAAAAUUGGUUUCGGUUAGUAGAACACUUGGUGUAAUACAGUGUCAAUCAGCAAACACUUCACUAAUGGCAAAAUUCUGUGAUUUUAUUGUGUGGAUAUUCGUUGGGAUUAUCACGUUGAAGCAUUUGAAAAUGUCGGUGCGUGUGUGAGUCAAGUCUAGAAACUCUGCUGCCAAAGUGUGUUUGUAGUCGACAGUGCCUUUAUUUUAAACUUUGUUAGUGGUAUAAAUAUAUUUAUGAGAGUAUAUUGAGCAAUAAGUAAAAUAUUUUUGUACGUGUAAAAAUGUUGCCAUGUUCACGAUAGCUGUAAAUGUCGUUUUAGUUGUAUCUUUAUAAUGGUCUCGUAGAAAUCUACGUUUCAAACCAAAACUGUAUGUACUGACAUACAGUGUUAUAUGGCUUAGAUAUUUCAAGCACAUGUGUACCUUGAGUACAAUUUUUGAAUUGUAAUUUCAAUGGUUGUGUACUUAUUUUUCCAGAAAAUACCGAGCUACUACAGCGACAAGUAACAAACUGGGACCAAUUGAACCCGAGAAGGUGACUGAAGCUGACAUGUCGAAUGGCAAAUGAUAAUUUGUCACAUAAUAUAACAAAACUAAUGAUAUGUCAACGACUUUCCUUUUGUCACUUUCUUGGGUCGAAUUGGGCCCCUAUAAAUAUUUGAGCUGGCUAUGUUUUAUCAACUGUCUUCUUAUUAGAGAUUUAUUCUUUAUCGGUCUGGCUAAACGUAAGUUCCUCUAAGUUAUGCUUUUGAGUUUAGUGUUUAAGAAUGUGAUACCAAUAAUUUUAGUAAUCUAUACUAUUUUAUAUGUAUACGCCUAUUUAAAUUUCCAUUUCAUGAUUUCUGUAUAUUGAUCACUUAUUUUCCAUCAUUGAGCUUGUAUAUUGUUGACAUUUACCUUAUCACUUUUAAAUUUUGGUUUCUUAUAAGUUUUUUUUAUAAAUGAUUGAACAAAACAAUAAUGUAGAUCGUUAAGGAAAAAAAUAUGUAUUUUAAAGUAAUCAAUACAAAUGAUAUAAACAGUUGGUCAAGA